CAACUUACAAAUUCUUCUUAUACGCAUGCGCUGUUUUCCCCGGUCUAUUUAUAUUACAAACCUCUGUCAGGACCAAGAAGUGGCCUUAUCAAGGGUGAAAGGCAAGAUGAUGUCAUAUUCUGAAAACUAAGGAGACUACACAUGGAUCCAUCAACGAUCUUGAAGAAGAACCUACCUCUGCUGAUGCAACAGCUGCAGCCAGAUGGAGUACUGGAUCACCUGGUAUCUGUGGAUGUUCUCAGCGAGGUGGAGUACGACAGAUGCAGGGACCAAAAGGUCAAGUCGGAUCGCAUCAGGGAGUUGGUAAGACUGCUGAUGUGUAAAGGGGAACGUGGAUACAGAGAGUUCUGCAUUGUACUCGACAGGGACCAGCGCCAUGUCAAGCAGGCUUUGGAUCACACAGCACGUGGGGAAGGAUCUCAGGACUUGGUAUACAUUCCUGAAACAAAACUGGAACGAGAACUAGAGGCUAAAGAAGAAACUAUUCGUCGUUUGCAACAAGAAAAACAGCGGAUGAAACAUGAAUAUGAAGCCAUUGUCAUUAACGAAAGGAAGAAUAUUGGUAGAGAACUCGACGAGGAAAGGCAAGGGAAGAUAAACGCCCAAAGGGAUUUGGAAGCUCAGGUGACAAGGAACCACAGCCUCGGGGAACAUAUAAGCAACCUGGAGAAAGAAACAAAAGACUUACAGUCAAAGUCGCUAGCUCUUCCUAGAAUCGAGAUCGAGCAGGAAGAACAGGAACAACCAUGUGCUUCCGGUCCUGUUGAUACAAUGAAGUGUGCCUUAGUGACCUCUGAAGCAUGCAAUCCUAAACAAGGUCUUGUUUUGCCUUGUCUUCACUCUGUGUGUGAGCCCUGCCUUCAGCAACAUGCAGAGGAAAACCUCAUCUGUUUCUGCGGUCGUGAGGUUGCUCGCAAUGAAGCUGUACAAGUGGAUUAUGUUCGGCGCCACGAACAUACCCGUGAUACGAAUAUCCGUUGUGGAUUCCUUAAGGUCCCAUGUAAGGGUGCAGUCGUGUCAAUAUGCAGGGAAUGCAAAAUCUACCUGUGUCAAGACUGUACGCUGCUUCAUAAGGAGAUCAAUUCCAGUGCAUCCCAUGACGUGCAUUGCAUUAACAGAUCUCCUGAAAAAGAAAAUGGGGAACAUUACAAGAAGCCAAUGUGUGACACCCAUUCUAGUCAACGUGUUAUGUAUAUUGACCAUCAGUGCCACAAGAAAAUAUGUGGCACUUGCUUCUCAAACCUGCAUGCUAGGCAUGACGUCAGCACCUUUGAGGAAGAAUACGAUAAACAAAAGUCACUCCUUAAGAAGGUGAUCGAAGAUCAUAACGGAUCUCUACAAAACCUUCAGAGAUGUCUCAAACAAAGAUAUGACCGUUUUAACGCUCUCAAGACCAACACGAAUGCGAAGGCUCAAGACAUGUGUAACUUUUACGAAGGCUUUGUGAUAGCCUUAAAAGAGCGUUUCACAGAUCUUAGACAGAGCAUGAUCCAGGAAAGUAAAAUGCUACAAGACGACAUAGUUCAGGAUAUAAAGUCUUUACAAGAAACAGAAGCUGCAUUCAGGAUGACACUGGACUACGCCCAGCGAUGCAUGAACGUUGACCAGGUGCACCUGAUUGCUCUGGCGCCAAUGAUUGCCAGAAAUGCAGAAGAAGAUCGGAAGCGAUUACUGCCGAAAUGUACAGCAUUGACUAAGGACAUUGUGUAUUCUCCUCAAGGGCAUGCGGCACUGCAUAGCCUGAUACGCAGGGUCGGGGAUACCAAGUGUACAGGGAGACAUACACGUCACCAUGAUGACCUGCCAACAAUUGAAGAUCUUCAGCAACAAAAUAAUGCUCUGCAACAGAAACUUACAUCCCGUACAGACGAAUACAAAACGAAAGAGGCCAAAGACAAAGAAGAAAGAGAUCUCAGCUGUGAAGCAGUCUCAUUGCUGAAGGAUAAACUGAAACAGUGUGGAAUCUUCAUCCACGAGCCGAGGCAAUUAAGAAAGUCCUGUAUCCUUCAAUGCAUCCACCUUAAGUUCAGCAAUGACAAGGUGAACUUCCACAAGGCCCACAUAACCACUAACGGUGAACUGGUGAACGACAGGCAGACUAUCAGGCUGCUCCAGGGACAGGGAAGGCUACAGAGGUACAUGGGCACCUGCGGCACAACAAACCUACCCUCACCUGGUGUUCCUGGUUACCUAGAGAUGACAGCCAAGGUCUGUUUGAAAAGUACCCUGACACAGAAUGAUCUCAUUCUGGAGAUAGGUAUGUGUAGAGAGGAGUUGAAGGAUAAGGAGCACACAAUAGGGAAGGUACCACAUUCCUACAGCAUGGCAGUGUCCCAUUGCUCAACCCAUAACCGAAUCUGUCGAAUCUUCUGGAAGGAGAAGCGUCAUCUCUUGUGUCUACCAACUGAGGCUCUUCCCAACAAUGCAGUGGCGUCAGGCACCCUUCGUGUUGGCAUUGCCUAUGAUCAUACCAGACAGAAGGUUGCGUUCAUUGAUGUGGAGGCCAGCCAGGUCAUGACGGUGCUGGACGAGGUGGACUUCAGGCGGCCGCUGCUACCCAUGUUUGGCGUGUACAACCCAGACAGAGUAUCUGUCAGUAUGGGCAGUGUGAAGGUCAGCAAGAUGGAAAUAUCGGAGGAGAAGAUCAGACUGAUCCUCAAUGCUCUGACAUGAACAGUGGUUAUUAACAGGUUUUGAAGUUUCAAAUCAAGCCUUAUGCAACAUAACCAAACUGCAGUCAACAGGGUCCUAUUACCAAAGAUUACCACACGAACAUAGACAGAAUAGCGUCUGGUUCGUUGCAUCUCUUAUGAACGGCCAGUGGAAUGUCGAUUUGUCUUGCCUAACACCUCACAAACUAUUCAGUAUCUUCAUAAGCCUCCUGUGAUCUAACGUUGUAGACAUUUGUCAAUAUCACACAAAUAUCUUCAGUAUAUUAUUACUCAUGCUUCAAUAUGAUCUGAUCUUUGCUUCAAUAUCAUAUCGCUCACAUUUUUCAAAAUGAUCUCACACGUUUGUUUAUAUCAUCCCCAGUUUUCGUAUAUAUCCCCUAUACACUGCAAAUCCUAUUCCCCCUAUAUUGCUCCACAUAUCAGUUUCGUCGGUGCUUAACUACUAAUCAACACACUUGUCAAGCUCAUCCAAAUUGCACAUUCCCACAGAUCUUUCCAUACACAUUGAGGGGCGGUGGGGUAGCCUAGUGGAUAAAGCGUUCGCUCGUCACGCCGAAGACCGGGGUUCGAUUCCCCACAUGGGUACAAUGUGUGAAGCCCAUUCCAGGUGUUGCUAAAAGCUGCGUAAAAUCAUACUCAGUCCAUACAUAAUGUUCCAAUAUUCAUUCACAAUUGAUCAUUAUCGUUUCACAACAGCAACAAAGUAAUCACACAUCCUCAAACGGGU